UAUACACAUUCCCAUGUUUACUAUUGUAAUUCGCUGGUCGAGACGCGACCGCGUGUCCAGGUGCCGUGACGAGUUUAGACAAACGUUACAAAGCAUUAACAACAUAUUUUACAACCCAUGACCAGUUCUACUAGCAUAUAUGACAGUUUUGCUACGCUAGUAUCCUUCAUUCUGCGUUUACCCCCUUCCUGUCACGAAAAAUCGAGAAAAAGGCAACCCCGCCGCUGACGCCCAAUGCGAUGUGGGAGUCAAGAUGCCGGCGCUCGUAGCAGACGACGGAGUUGUCGCCUCCCUGAAAAGGGGACGCACAUGGAGGCUCCCUACAGUUUGCAUAAUCAUGUACCACCGCCUAUGUUCGUAUUAAUCUUGACAACAUUAUCCCUAGGCGGUCUCGCACAGUGGUCUACGAUCGAACAAGACCGAAACCGAAACCAUGUGUGCCGUUGUUAUAGCAACCGGUGUUUGUAAACAAGUUAUGUUUGGCUUGCGCCGUUUGCUCUGCCUCUGGUGUCUCUGGUGGGCUCUGGAGCCAAAAUGAGGCACAUCAAUCGCCGUCCAUCGAUUAAUAUUGCCACCAUCGACACCUGUUUAUAAACACACUUUCUCAAAGGCAUCGUGAGCCAUGAGUUCCAAGAAGCACGACGACGCAAGUGUAGAAGAGAGCGGUCCUGGCCAGUUCUACCUGCCAUUCGUGGUUAUGGAAGAUCUUUUGGAUAAGUUGAAGUUGAUAAACUAUGACACGGAGUUCACGGCUGAAUAUAAAGUGAAACCAAUAAACAGACAUUACUUCGCUAUCCAAACGAAUCCCGGAGAGCAGUUCUUUAUGUUCACGUCUAUGGCUGCGUGGCUGAUACAGAAAUGCGGAAUUCCGUUUGAGACACCACAGGAGUCUGAUGACCCAAACACAACAAUAUCCAACAUACUUGAUGUACUUCGAAAUAUGGGAAUCACAGUUAACUUUCCACCCAGCAAACUAAAGCAAGGGUGGGGUGAAGAAGCUAUUUUUGUCAUGGACCACCUGGCAGAUAUUGCCCUCAAGAAGAGGCACUUCACAUGGAAGACGCUUAUACCACCAGAGGAAGAACUAGAAGAAGAUGCUGCAGUGGAUGACAAUGUAGAAGUUACCCUGGAAAAAAUUGAAGAGGAAAUGAUGGAGGAAGAGGUUGAUGAUGAUGACGAUGAAGGGCCAGUAAUGGACUUGGAUACACUGAAAACUCAAGCAGCCAGUCACAUAACUAUGGGUAACCAUAACAGGCCUGAAGAAAUCAUGCAGUCUGCAGUGGAUAGUGCGGAGUGGAAACUUGAAGUUGAAAGAGUGCUGCCCCAGCUAAAAGUUACGAUUCAUCCUGACAACAAGGACUGGCGCAGCCAUCUCGAUCAAGUGCAGCAGUACCGAAAGGAUAUGGAUGAAGGCAUGACAGCGGCCAAAGCACAGUUAGAGAGGCUCUCCACUGACAUCACAAACACACUGGAUAAAGCAGCUAGCCGAGAGAAAUACCUCAACUCUCAGCUGGACCCACUUUUAGUAGAAUAUCGUGCAGCUCAAGAGUUCCUGGUGCAGGCCAGAGAGCAGUACAGAUCAGUCAGCGGUGGAGUCACAGAAAGGUCCCGCAUCUUGGCACAGAUUUCAGAAGAGCUUGAGCAAGUAAAACAAGAAAUGGAAGAAAGAGGAUCAAGCAUGACAGAUGGCACGCCACUAGUGCACAUCCGUAAAGCCUUGGCUCGACUCAAGACAGAACUGUCUCAAAUGGAUGUCCGAAUUGGUGUUGCCCUCCACACGCUUUUACAGGCUAAGCUAAAAGAGAAGGGAAAUUUACGUGUGGCAUCUAAUGUUCCCACAUUUGGGUUCGAUUUUGUAUUUUAGUAGUAGUUUUUAGUCACAGUUUAGUUUAAAAAUGGCAGAUACAGUGAUCCUGUGAACGUAGGUUGAAGCAAAGGCCUCAGGUCAGGGGCCGCGGAUAUUUUGCAAAAAGUGACUGCUCUUCUACCGGAAGAACAGUUGGAAAACAGCCUCUGUUCGAAAUAGCAGCAGCCCCUGGCCUGAGACUUUUGCUUAGCCUUUUACAAUUUAACAAUUUAGUUUAGUUUGGCAUGGCAAGGAUCAUUCCUCAGUCAACAUACAGCAACAAACCAGAGAGCAAACAACAUAUUUUAAAAUAGGACAAAGAAGGUAUUUAGUCAUUAUUGGCUGCUGCUGCUGCUUUUUUUUAAAAGUAUUGUUGUUAAAUUAUGUGUGCUUUACAACUGCAACAGUCUUUGGAUUGCUGGGGAAAGGUGUUUCAAUACUACACCAGUAAAUGAAAAAAAAAAAAAAAAGUGAAAAAGAGGAAGAAAGAGAAGGGAGCACCUUUUUUUCUACGUUCAGUGUUCUUCAGAUGCUCAUUGUAGCAAUCAGACGUGUAUAAAAGGUUCUCUCAUUAGGAACACUGGGUGGCUUUGACUCAUUCUUCAACUGGGCAGCUUGUUUGGGGGUCACCUUUCCACAACAGGGGAGUGCACGUAACACUAUCAGAAAAAAAAAAGUUUGUAUGUGUUCUGUUUGGAUAUGCAAGAAAUGCUUACUAUACUCAUUUCCUUAAUGGAAGUGGGGUUACCAUAGUUGCCCUGCGGAGUUAUAGCAGUUGGGUUGUACUGUGCGAACGCCCAUAUGAAAUGUGUUACUCAUGUUGUACAGUAAUUGAAGGCUUCCCCAGUGGUACACUAUGAUUUUGGUUGGAGGGGCAAGUAUGUCAGUAAAAAAUACUAAAAAUUGUAGUUAGAAACAAAAGUGGUCAAAAUAAAAACUGAAAAAAAGAUUUCAGUAAAUCAUA